AUGCUGGCCACUCAGCUCAAUCACCUUAUCGAAAACGAAGAACUCGUCACCAACAGUGUCAUUCGCGUGAAAAAAUAUGUCUGCAACAACGUCCAAAAAGACAAGUUCGUCCUUUUACUCAUGCAUUUUUAUCUUGUCAGGUACGUUGUUAUCGUUUUGGAGGCCGAAAUUCUGGGUGUGGACAAGGAGUCUGCGGAUUCGCUUGCGCGAGCGCCGUUUAAGCAGGUCCCUACAAAUGUUGGAGUAUCCAGUACAAAGCCCACUGUACCAGAAGUCCCUAAAACACCUCCCAAAUCAUCUUCGUCCUUCGCUCCCUCUACGCCUGGUACUCCAGGAUCUGGCACUGGGCGCGUGUUUACAAUCGCGAGUCUUAAUCCUUACCAAAGCCGCUGGACCAUCCGUGCGCGCGUAUCUCAGAAGGCAACUAUUAGAACAUGGAACAAAAAUGGUCGCGAGGGGAAACUUUUUAGUUUCACCCUCUUGGAUGAGAGUGGAGAAAUCCGAGCGACUGCGUUUAAUGCUGAGGUCGACAAGUUUUAUGAUCUUAUUGAGGUCCAAAAGGUUUAUUACAUCAGCAAGGCCACACUAAAGCCUGCCAACAAACAGUUCAACACAACCAAUAAUGAUUAUGAAAUGACACUUAACAGUGAUACGCAAAUCACGCCCUGCGAAGAUGGCGACGAUGCUGACGUGCCAGAGAUGAAGUUUAACUUCACGGAAAUUGGAAAGUUGGACUCCUGCAAUCCCGGUGACUUUGUUGGCAAGUCUUUCUUAUUGUCAUCACUGUUUUUAUUUGCGCGCAUACUCUGUUGCCUCAGGGGCUUGUAA